CAGAUACUCUGUUAAAGUUGGAAUGAUUUUGUAUUCAGACACAUUGAUCUUUUAAUUUUAUUUAUAUGUGCUUGAAUCUUCACUGAUAUGUUUAUAAGAGAUUGAUCAAUAAAGUUUUGAAUAGAUAUACACUUUAUCUAUGAAGAAUAAAUCACAUUGUCAUUUCAUGAGAAGAGGUAACAAAUAUUUUAUUCCAACUUUAUGGGCAACAGUGAAUACACAAACAUACAUUCAUGUCCCCACACAUUCAUAUAUGCAUAGGCCUACUUCUACUUUCACACAUAUGCAUGCUUGCAUCUAUGCAUUACUGAAGAAGACUGAGUGAAAAUUCUAUAAAUGUAUUUGCAGUAAGAGAUCAGACCAAGCUUAUUUUAACUGUUGUUUGUUUUCCAACCAUAGAGAAUGGAUCCUAAAUUUAGGAAGAGGGCUGAGAAUGCGCUGGGCUAUGCUGGAUAUGUGGUGGCAUCAAUGUCGGAGGAAUCAGGAAGCUCUGAUUCAACCUCGUCAAUAAAAGAGCCUUGCUGAAGUAUAUUUCGCUGUAUCCGGAGGGACGUUAUGCCAUUCAGUUCAAGAUGGAGGCGAGAUCCACAAGUCAGCGUAAACCAGCCACCUCCACACAGGCCUCCACCUCAUCACAGCCCUCCACCUCACCGCGACCAUCCUCAGUGCCUGUAUCCUCCCUGCGGUCAUUGUUGACAGGGAAAGGUGUGUCCCAGCAGAGCAUCCACAAGUCUGUCAAGAGGCUGUUUAUGCCACCAAAGUUUCAUCCAUCAGCUGUACCUGUGUGCCCCCCAGUUUGUGAGGACAGUGGGAGACCUGCUGGAUCUAAUCCCAGCCUUGGUCCCCAGCUUCAAACCGACACUCCUCAGACCUCUCAGGAUGCGGAAAUGCUCUGCACUCAUCAAGCUCCCCAGCAAGAUGCUCCUAGUGUGGCAGAGGAACAGCCUUCAACAUCAUCAUGCUCCACCAGUCAUGAUGACUCUGUUGGACCAGACAACAUUGAGGGCUUCCAAGCUGUCCAGGACUUGACGGGACACUUAUUCACAUUAAAAGACCACAGUCUAUCAAGACACAAUCUCCAAAGGGAGAUUCAGGGCCACAAAAAAAAAUGUUGCACCUGGUGUAGAGAGUACAAAGCGAUGCUUUGCAGGAGGGAAAAGCCCAGCACAGUGGCCUGACUGCAAUCGUGUGUGUGAGGCACUUUUUAUUCAACUUUGCAAGGGGUAUCGUGGACCCAGGCGCAUUGAUGGAGUCAGGAAAGAGCGUUGGAGCCUUGUCACCAAAGCAUAUCUUCACAUCCGCCAAGUCAUUCUAAAUAAUGCCAUGGUGAUGGAGAAGACCACCAUCCAGCUCCCGGUGAUGAAUACUGCAACCAUCGCUAGUUGGUACAAUAAACUUCAGAAAAAGCAGGAGAAGAGCAUGCUGGAGCAAGGCCUGUCUAUUCCAAAGAACACUAAUGUGAGCCCAGAGAGCUUGCCUCUUGCAGUUGUGAGGAAAGACAGGCCCUGUGUCCCGACCAGCAGUGUGGCAAAUCCCCACAUCUUUGUCCUGCCCUCUAACACGGCAGGGACCGCGCAGCUGAAACAGCGACGGAACCUGCCAGUGACUCCAUCUGCAAUUCGGCCACCAUUCCUUGCAGCUCUCGAUCAACCUCUUCAUCCUCCCCAGCCUGUACCACAACCUCUCCUGCUUGCACCACAACCUCUCCUGCUUGCACCACAACCUCUCCUGCCUGCACCGCAACCUCUCCUGCUUGCACCACAACCUCUCCUGCCUGCACCACAAGCAGUACUUCGGAAAUUGGUACUGCCAAGCCACAGCCACUACAACUCUGGCUGAGUGGAAGGCCUCAUUUGAAGCCCGGGGUUAUGGCAAAAGGAAAGAUGCACCACCACAGUAAUUUUGUAUUUGUAUUGUAUUGUAUUUGUCUUCACUUAUCUAAUAUUAUAUAUAUUCUAUUCUAGUUUGUUGUGU